UUUCAACAUCAAGGGGCUGAUUCUGGGGCGUUAAUGUCUCGUGGUGUGAGGCUUCCUUGUUCGAUGUUCGAAAGUUCGUUCUUUGCCGGUUGAUGUCAUGGGCCUGCCUGCUGGCCUUCCUCCAGCUCAUUGUUGCUUCGUCAAAAGCCACCAUUGACAUCAGGGAGGCUCUUGGUGGAAACCGAGACCAGCCAAUCCCAGGGACAAAAUCUUCAAGGUUUGACAUUCUGGCACAUACAUUCAUCAUGGAGACGGGCCAGUGUUGUACAUGGUUUGGCCAAUCCUGCACUAUCACCACGAUUCUUUGGGAUAUUGGUGCCGCAAUGUAGGGUCAGCAGCGGGCCACCAAUGGCCAUGUCAAGACGCCAAUGGCCAUGCGCAUGCGAGCAAAACCACUGUUGCGUUGUUGUCAUGUUCAAAGGUGACACAUGCGGACAUCAUCGUGGCAGGCAGUUUUUAGUCCGGGCCAUUACGGAGGGCAACCCCUUGACCAUUUCGACGGUCUACCCCCGGUUCUUGAGCGAGACGCGCCCGGAACGGGUGGCCGUGAAGGCGCCGAAGGCUUUGAGCAAACAAGAGGCCAACGAGGCCUGGACGGACCUGGAAAAGGCCUUGUUCUUGCCGGACAUCUUCGGUGUGCUGGGCUCAGGUGGUGAUGAAUCGCGGCUGUUGCCUUUGAAGCAGCUCCUCAUCAGGGGACUGCAGCCAGAUUUCAGCUUUCGUGGAAGGCCCUUGUUGCAUCGCGCCUGCGAGUCCGGGGACCUCGCCUUAGCCGAGCUCCUCUUCGCCUGCGGCGCUGAUCUGCAUGCUCGAGGUGGAGACGAAGAGAGCCUACCCAUCGAGGUGGCUGCCUGGUGUGGGCAGAUGCAGCUUCUUCGUUUGCUACUCAUGAAUGGCUCGUGCUUUGGACAAGCGUUGCACAUGGCGACUCUAGCUGGACACUUGGAGGCAGUGCAGCUGCUUUUGAAUUACGGCUGCCCUCCCCAUGUGCGAAUUGCUGGAGUCUCGCCGCUGGAUUUGGCGAUCGCGGCUUGCCAGGCUCCCAUUGUGAAUUUGCUCCUGCAGCAACCGAUGCUUUUGGACACUGGUGGAGCAGAAGAAAGGCUGCAUUCGCAGGGCAUCGGCCGCUUCGGCCUCGCGCCGCGCAGUCGGCGCUUGCACCUCUGCUGCAAGCUGGGCGGCCCACGAGGUGGCAUCUUGAAGGCUCUUUUGACACAAGGAGGUGUCGGAAAGCAGAAAGAAUGGUGGGCCAUCCUGGAGGCUGAGGACGGACAGACGCCUUUGAGCGUGGCACAGCUGCCCAUGCGACUGCUGCUGAGACCUCACUGUUUGGAUGUGUGGUCCACCCUGCUGCGCCACUGGACGGCUCCUAACCUGGACACCUCGCUCCGCACGGUCCUCGAACAGAAGGGCGACCCAAGCUGCGCCAGCGGGGCCGGUUGGACGCCGUUGAUCCUUUGCGCCAUGGCAGACAGGGGAGAUCUUUGUCAGCUGCUCCUCCAGUUUGGCGCCGAUCCUUUCCAGGCGGGUCCUCGUGGCCGCAGUGCUCUUCUUUGGGCCGACUGGUAUCAAGCCUCAAAAGCCUUGGCUGUCCUGAAGGCUGAGAAGCGUGAGAAGCGGGAUGACCGGGAAGGUCUCAAAAGGCUGCAGCAAGGAUUGAAGGAUGAGCUGGCCUCGCCCAUUGUGACGCCCUUGCCUGCGGACGAGUUGGUGGCAGCCAUGAACUUCCCAGGCCUUUCCUUUGCUGAGUUGGUGGAACAUCAGCUGCAGCGGCAAGCGGAGGUUUGGGAGACCUCCACCAGCUCGGGGCCGAGUAAGUUGUGGGCAGUUGGUGAAGAGCCUGAAGGGGACGCCAACAGCACGGAGUCGUUGCAGGAGAUCCUGAACCAGGUGGAUCUGGGCCCUGUCGGCCACUUCGACAGUAUGAAAUCCCUGGUGGCAGCGGCCCGGCUCCUUGUUCAAGCGAAGAUUGCAGGAGGAGCUCCUGCCGACAGUGCGAAUGGCGCUUUGGCGCUCUACGUCUUGACGCUCUUGGAUGCGAAAGCACGAGAGCGGAUCAACCAGAAGUGGCAGUCUGAGGUCUGGGCGAAAACGUUGCUGAGCUCCUCGGGCCUGGCGUGGCAACAACUCCCCGCCGAGCGUUCCGUCGUCUUCCGGGCGGUUCGACUGGAAGGAGACCUUUCAUCCUACAGGCGUCCCUUGGAGCUCUUCGCUCCACGGCGCCCCGUGAGCUGGCCAUGCCCCAGCUACGGCACACUGGAUCGGCGUGUGGCCAUGGCUUACCUCGAAGAUUGGAAAGAUGCGGCCAUUGUGUUCAAGAUCUACUGCUUGACGGCUCGGAGGAUCAACGAAUUCUCCUGGUUGGCUGGAGAAGAUCAGAGCUCGGCCCUACAUGAGUCGCUGAUUGCUCCUGGUACCCAGUUCGAGUCCAGCGGCCUCUUCGAGCUCACAGACAUGGCGCUGCGUCGGGAUGUGACUAUGGAUGCCACGCUGCGCGGGGAAGAGUUCAAUCUCCAAGAAGAGGUUCAGUUGUUGCCCUUGGCCACCAGUGAUUUGCCAGCGCGGCGGGUCCUUGUGAUUCUGCAGGAGGUAGUUCCUGCUGAAGAUCUUCGAAAGGCGGCUGAGAACGCAUCGGCCACUGUCCGCAACAAGAAGACGGCCAGCUAUCUUUGACGCGGUGUGCCAUUGUGAUCAUAUUGAACAAGAUCAUACUAGGACAGUUACUAGGACCGGC